AUGGGCCCGCUGUCUCCUGCUGCCAGCGCUUGCGCAGUGAUUGGGGCUGCUGAUGUCGGUUUACAAGCCGGCACAGGGUCUAUCCGUUUUCUGAGUGAUAUCAAAGAUGCACCGGCGGAGGUAGAGAAGUUGCGCCUCGGCCUGCAAGAAACCACACCUAUUGUGGAAGCGUCAAAAGACUACCUAGAAACUCUCAACAAUGGCGCGCCGGACUCUUAG